AUGCGUGACGAUAAUACACUCUGCUUGAAAACGACAGGUUUCCCAGAAGAUAGCAACCGGUCGUGUGACACUGAUCCGGAUGUUGAUACACUCUGGAUGGAAACGACCGGUCUCCCAGAUGAGCGCGACCGGUCGCCUAGGUCAACUGAUGCUAUUCCGUGUGAUUCUUGCGAAGACGAGUUUGAUACAAUACUUCCAUAUGCCUUGUCAUUGCCCCAGUCCAAUUGUGAUACUAAGUCAUGUGAGUUAAUUUCUAAUGAUCUUUCUGUGUCUACAUAUCAAUUACCCCUACGAACUACUCGUGGAAAACCCAAAGAUGCUUUAUCUAACCCCAGAUGGACGAAUGCCAUAAAUGUGGAAAUGGAUGCCUUAAACAAGAAUAAGACAUGGGUGUUUACUUUAAAGUAUAAGGCUGAUGGUUCCAUUGAUCGUUACAAGGCUAGAUUGGAAGCCAAGGGGUAUACUCAAACAUAUGAAGUGGAUUAUCUGGAGACAUUUGCUCCAGUGACAAAACUCAAUACUGUGCGUGUGCUUUUAUCUCUUGCUGCUAACCACGAUUGGCCUUUAUUACAGUUUGAUGUCAAAAAUGCAUUUCUACAUGGCGACCUCCAGGAAGAGAUUUACAUGGAUCUUCCUCCUGGUAUUCCUGUGACCUCUAAGAAGGGUGUUCGUCAUAAAGGUCAAUUGACGGCUUUAAUUAUUUAUGUUGAUGAUAUGAUUGUGACUGGAGAUGAUCAGGAAGAAAUACAAAGUCCUCAGAAGUAUCUAGCUUCCGAGUUUGAGAUGAAAUCAUUAGAAACUGAGAUGUUAGAUUGUAAACCAAUUGAUACCCCAAGUGAGCAGAAUCACAAGUUGAUGUUAUAUCCUGAUCAAGUUCCUACUAAUAAAGAGCGCUAUCAACGGCUUGUGAGGAAAUUAAUUUAUUUGGCUCAUACACAUCCUGACAUUGCCUAUGCAGUGAGUGUAGUGAGUUUAGCUACUAAUAGGCGUUCUACGUCUGGGUAUUUUACAUUUGUUGGUGGUAAUCUUGUUAUUUGGAGAAGUAAGAAGCAAAAGGUGGUGUCUCGAUCUAGUGCUGAGGCUAAGUAUCGUGGGAUGGAUCACGGCGAAUGUGAGUUACUAUAUAGUUAA